UCCAUUAUGCACAUUUUAAAUUCAGAAUAAAACAAUGCCAUUUAAUGAAUGACAAACAUUGAAGUAUUAAAUCCACUCUAAAAGUCUUGAGUACGAUCAUUUUUAAACAAUACGUCGAUCACGAAUACCGUUGGUUUUCUUUUGCGUGGAUUUAAUUACAGACAUUGGUGUAUCCAGGGUGUAGAAAUGGGCCUUAUUACUUUCGUCGGGCGAGUGGUGCUUGUUGUUCUCAACAUAAUCUUCCUUACGGUUGCGCUCGCGCUAGUGGUGGGCGGUUUCAUUCUGAGAUUCGGGCACAAAAUCUUUCAAGGCACGGUAGAUGACAUCCUCAAACAACUCGAAUCUGCUGCCAAUAACGUUUACGGCUCCGGCGUUUCCACUGAUGCGUUUGAACUUGGCACGGCCGUUAGCGGUCUUGCCGUCACUAUGAUUAUUGUGGGAUUUGUCCUGUUGGCGUUCUCCUUCGCGGGAUGCUGCGGCGCCUGCUAUAAUAUUAAGUCACUGGCCCUCAUGUACGCGGUGGUUCUCGGUAUUCUACUGUUGAUCCAGGUGAUACUUAUCAUCUUUGUCUUCGGAGGCCCGGAUGUGCUGAAAAAGGGUUUAUCAAAGGGACUGAAAGCGUCAAUGAAUCAGUACUCUGGACUCAAAGGGACCGACACGACAACGAUUGUGUGGAACUUUGCAAUGAGACAGUUUAAAUGCUGCGGUGCCGAUGGCUACGCUGACUUCGCUGACAAAGGUACCUGGAAGACCAACGAUAUGACGCUUUCGAGCGGUACUGUAAAUGUUCUGACGCCCGUGGCCUGCUGUAAGGAACUUCCGGCUGGUCUUAGUGACACUAAGAAAUGUGCCGGCGACUCAACUGAUGUUGCAUAUGACAAUAUCGACGAAAUUAAAGAUGCUUCGAACUAUGACAAAGGAUGUGUGGACGCCAUCUGGGAGAAGGUUGUGACGCUGCAGACCGACAAGUACGGACCGGUCAUAGCAAUCUGCUGGUUGUGCCAGAUUGCUAUGAUUCUGUUUGCCGUUCUCGUCUACAAGGACAAAUAACUCACCCAGUCCCACGAGAACAUCAUAUUCUAUGGAAGCGAUGGAUUACAGCGAGGACUCGUUCAAUGCAAUACGUGACUGGCUUUGUGUUAACGCAUACAUUUAUUAUUGUUAUCAAUGUGUUUAAAUGGAAAAAUUCACAGAUUGUUUAAAUGAAAAAAAUCUGCUUUGUCAUUUUCAAAAAAUGAAAUAUCACUUAACUUCAGUGAGAAAAAUAAGACGACUGACGUUUAUUCAAACCAAAAGUUCAUGUUCGUUUAUGAGUAAUCAUCAUAAUCAUGAAGUUUUACAAACACCAAACGAUUGACUGUUUUGGUUGUUUUUGUUAUAUUUUAUGAACGAACUUGAAUUGCUUAUAUAAAGUAUUAAAUGCACAGCAUUAAGUAACAGGACGGAUAGGCGAGUGGUUAAGGCUUUUUAAUCCAACAGUCUGUGUUUUUUCUAUCUUAAAUUAUAGUCUUCUUUUUCAAAAGCAUUUAAAGACUAGCUGAAAAAAUGUCGGAAUGUGUGAACAAGUCAUUUUAAUAUGCUGCAGUGAACUUUUUUUCAAUAAAUUGAGACAUUUAACGGAACGCAUCCACUAAUCUUGAGUACGUAGUAUGUAAUGUUAUUCUUUGACCCUUACUGAAACCCAAUUUCUUCUAAAAUAUUUCUAAAUAAACCUACUACGAAUUUUAACACAGUUUUGUAAAUCUAGCGUAAACAG